UGAGUUCAGACACUUUACUGCACAGACCCAGGAUCAGACAGGCGGUACAAGAUGCGUGUGGACCUGGUGGUGGUGUGUGUGGCCGCCGUGGCUCUCUCUCUCCCCGCUCUCUCAACAUGUGACCCACUCUACGUGUUAUCAGCUCCUAGCAUCCUGAGGGUGGGUACCCCUGAGAAGGUGUUUGUGGAGGCCCAGGACUACGCUGGAGGAGACCAGAGUGUGAAGAUCACGGUGAUGAAUUACCCGAAGAAGAACGUGGAGUUGACCAGCACGACUGUCACUCUUAACGAAGCCAACCGGUACAUGUUGCUGGCAGACAUCACGAUUCCAGGGGGGAAAGAUCACUUUGUGGAGGAUGACAGCCUGAAUCAAUAUGUGUACCUGGAAGCCAAGUUCCCAGUCCACACACUGGAGAAAGUGGUGCUGGUCUCUUUCCAGUCUGGAUACAUUUUUGUCCAAACAGACAAGACCAUAUACACACCUUCAAGCACAGUCAUGUACAGAGUGUUCUCUCUGAGUCCUGCCAUGCAGCCGGUAGAGAGUGGCAUUUCUGUGGAAAUCAUGACACCUGAUGGAAUCACACUUACGAAAGACGUCUUUUUUCCAACUCGAGGGGUUAUGUCGGGAGAGCACAAGCUCCCUGAAGUCGUCAGCCUUGGAAUCUGGAAGGUGGUGACAAGGUUCCAAAGUACACCGCAAAGGAACUUCACAGCUGAGUUUGAGGUGAAAGAAUACGUUCUGCCCAGCUUUGAAGUUUUGUUGACUACGGCGAAGCCCUUCUUCUAUGUGGAUGAUAAGGAAUUGACUGUUGACAUUGUAGCCAGGUAUUUGUACAAAAAGGAUGUGACUGGGGUGGGAUUUGUAUCAUUUGGCGUGCUGACCAAGGAGAAUGAGAAGAGGAAUCUGGCCUCAUCACUGCAGAGAGUAGAGAUUUGUGAUGGGAAAGCCAAGGCUGUACUGAAGAAAGAACACAUCACACAGAGUUUCACCAACAUAAACGAUCUGGUUGGCUCCUCCAUAUAUGUCACCGUCGGAGUACUAACCAAAACAGGCAGUGAAAUGGUGGAGGCUGAGAAACGGGGCAUACAGAUCGUCAAGUCUCCCUACACCAUUCACUUCAAGAAAAUGGCCAAGUACUUCAAACCUGGGAUGCCAUUUGCUGUCUCGGUGUUCGUCGCCAACCCCGACGGCUCCCCAGCAGGGGGCAUCGCAGUGGAGGUGAAGAAUGGGAUCCAGGUGGUGAGUGGGAUGACCAAUUCCGCUGGCAUGGCCAGAGUCACCAUCAACACCUUGGACACAGCCAGAUAUCUGUCCAUAAGUGUGACAACAAAAGACCCACGUCUCCAAAGUGCUCAGCAGGGUCAAAAAAGCCUGACCGUUAAUGCCUACGAAACACACUCUGGCAACUACCUACACAUUGGUGUCGGAUCAACAGAGUUGACCAUUGGUGAUCAGUUCAAAGUCAACUUCAACCUGGCCGGAAGGAGUAGCACCCAGAACCAAGAGUUGACCUAUCUGAUCCUAAACAAAGGCCAACUUGUGAAAGCUGAGAAGUUCAAGAGACAGGGCCAGGCUCUCGUUACUGUGUCCUUACCAGUGACCAAGGAGAUGGUCCCCUCCUUCCGUAUCGUGGCCUACUACCACGUGGGCUCAUCUGAGGUGGUGUCUGACUCAGUGUGGGUGGACGUGAAGGACACCUGCAUGGGAACGUUAAAAAUGGAGGGCUCUCGCCCUGGUGAUGUGUAUUCACCCCGUCAGAAAUUCAGUCUGAAGAUCAGCGGAGACCCAGGGGCCAGAGUUGGGCUGGUAGCCGUGGAUAAAGGAGUCUACGUCCUCAACAAUAAGCACAGACUCACCCAGAGCAAGAUCUGGGACGUAGUGGAGAAGCAUGACACAGCAUGUACGUCUGGCAGUGGUCAGGACAGCAUGUGGGUGUUCUACGACGCCGGCUUAGUCUUCCGGACCAAUCAUGACAGUGGCACACAUGAACGCUCAGGUACCACAUGCACACGGCCUGCAAAGAAGCUACCGGUAAUAGUGAAAAAGGUGAUGCCUGUGAGGGUGGAGGUGAGGCCUGCGCUCAGGGCCCGGGUGGAGCUCAGGAGGAUGUCUAGCGCAGUCUUCCACGUGAGACAGCCUAUUAUGCAGCCUGUGGAGGUGCCUGUGGAGGUGCCUGUGGAGCAGCCCCCUCCCACAGCUGAAGAGGAAGAUGAUGAUGACUUUUAUGUUGAGUCGGAGGAUAUCAGUUCCAGGUCACAGUUCCCAGAGAGCUGGCUGUGGGAGGAAGAAGACCUUCCUGAGUGCCCUGCAGAGAACAAACUCUGCACAACCACGUCAUUGACUAAGACGAGUCACAUGAAGGAUUCCAUCACCAGCUGGCAGGUCAUGUCCAUCGGUGUCUCUAAGACUCACGGUAUAUGUGUGGCAGAGCCCUAUGAGAUGGUGGUGAAGAAGGACUUCUUCAUUGACCUGAAGCUGCCCUACUCUGCUGUGCGUAACGAGCAGAUAGAAAUCAAAGCCGUCCUCUACAACUACAUGAGCAUGAAGAUGAAGGUACGGGUAGAGAUUAUGGAGACCAAAGACGUGUGCAGUGUGGCCACCAAGAAGGGCAAGUACCGCACUACUAUUGAGAUGGACCCAAUGACAUCAAGAGCAGUCCCCUUCAUCAUCAUCCCCAUGCAGCGGGGCAAACACACCAUCGAGGUGAAGGCAGCCGUGUACGAUGAGGUCAUUACUGAUGGUGUCAAGAAGGACCUGCUGGUGGUGGCUGAAGGUAUGCGGUCAGAGAUGCAGGUGGCUAAAGUUGUACUGAACCCAUCUAAACAUGGUGGAACUCAAGUAGAGAACAUCAUCAGCCAAGUACCCCGCAAACAAGUCCCUGGCACCCCUGCUAACACCUACUUCACAGUCUCAGCCAAUCAGAUCAGUCAGACCAUUGAGAAGGCCAUCACUGGAGACUCGUUGGGUUCCCUCAUCGUGCAGCCCAGAGGCUGUGGGGAGCAGAACAUGAUCUACAUGACACUGCCCCUUAUCGCCACACACUACCUGGACACCACCAACCAGUGGGAGAAAGUGGGGCUGGAGAAGAGAGCCACAGCCAUCAAAUACAUCAAGAUGGGAUACCAGCAGGAGUUGGCCUUCCGUAAGCCAGAUGGGGCAUUUUCUGUUUGGGCAGACAAACCAGGCAGUGCUUGGCUAACGGCGUACGUGGCUAAGGUCUUUGCCAUGACUGGUGACCUCAUCAGCAUAGAAGAGAAAGUGGUCUGUGAAGCCCUCAAGUGGUUGGUGCUGAACUCCCAGAUGCCAGAUGGCAUCUUCAAGGAGACCUUCAACGUGUACCAUGCAGAGAUGGUGGGGGAUGUGAGAGGAAGUGAUGCAGAUGCUUCCAUGACGGCAUUUGUGCUGAUCGCCAUGCAGGAGGGCAGCGAGCAGUGCAGUAAAUCUGUCACUAGUCUUCCUGAGAGUAUGAAGAAAGCCACCGAGUAUCUGGAAGGACGACUCAAAACUCUCUCCAAUCCGUACGCUGUUGCUAUGGUUUCCUACGCCCUCGCCAAUGUUGGCAAGCUGAACCAGGAAGUCCUCUUGAAACACGCUUUUGAAGAUCGCACUCACUGGCCAGUGAAGAGUAACAAGUUCUUCACUCUGGAGGCCACAGCCUAUGCCCUGCUGGCCCUGGUGAAGGCCAAGGAGUUUGAGAAAGCAGCACCCAUCGUGAAAUGGCUGAAUGAGCAACAGUUUUAUGGAGGAGGCUACGGAUCCACACAGUCCACCAUCAUGGUGUUCCAGGCCGUAGCGGAGUACGCAGCUCAGGUGAAGCAGCAGCAGCAGGACCUGGACGUGGAGAUCCAGGUGUCUGGACGUUCCGCACCCAUCAGGUGGACCAUAGACAACAGUAACGCCUAUGUGACCCGCUCAGGAAAGGCGGAUUUGAACCAGAACCUAAAGGUCAACGCCACUGGGACAGGCGAAGCAACGUUGUCUGUGAUGACCCUUUAUUAUGCCAUGCCGGAGGAGGUCACUUCAGAGUGCACAGCAUUCGACUUAAAAGUGAAACUGGACAAGCAGGAUAGUGUGACCUAUCCGGGGGCCAAGGAAUCGUACAUGCUGACUAUUGAUAUCCUGUACUUGUCAAAGGAGCGUGACUCCACCAUGUCUAUCUUGGACAUCAGUAUACUGACUGGAUUUGUGGUGGAUGAAACCGACCUCACCAAGCUGUCUAGAGGUGCCGACAGGUUUAUCCAGAGAUUUGAGAUGGACAAGAUGCUGUCCGAGAAGGGCUCCCUCAUCCUUUACAUGGAUCAGGUGUCUCGUACUACAACAGGUUCAGUAGCCUUCAGAAUCCACAAGGUGAUGGAGGUGGGGCUUCUACAGCCGGCUGCUGUUUCUGUGUAUGAGUACCUCGAUAUGGAAAACCGCUGUGUGAAGUUCUACCACCCUGUGAAGAUCGCUGGAGAGCUGAACAGACUCUGCCAAGAGGACCUCUGCCAAUGUGCCGAGGAGGGUUGCUGUGUGAAGAAGUCUGGGUCAGUCAAGGCCACGGAUCGAUCACAUUCAGCGUGUGCACACGGCAUUGACUACGUGUACAAAAUUACAGUAGAGAAGAUGGACCUGACUCACCAUACAGAUGUCUACCACAUGAAGGUCAACUAUGUCAUCAAGGAAGGUACUGACUUUGGUGUGGAGGGCCACAUGCGUGAGUUCGUUGCCCAUCCCAACUGCAGGUCCAAGGUGGCGCUGCAGCAGGGGAAGAGCUACCUGAUCAUGGGCCACAGGGACGACGUGGUGCUGGUCGGGAGCAGUUAUAAGUACCUGCUCGGCCAUGUCACCUGGUUGGAAUACUGGCCAACUGAAGAGGAGGCUCAGACUCCAGAACAUGCAGACACCUUUGCUGCCAUUGAGCUUUUCUCUCAUGAGGUCACGACUCUUGGAUGCUCCAUAUGAAAACACAGAUACUCAAGGGAUAAUCAACGACGCGCCGUGCGUUUUUAUAGGAAAAUAAUGCACGUUCAAAGUGGUAAUAAGGUCCCGAUGCCGCAGGCGGAGGGGCUUUUACACUUCCAUAAAUGCAUUAUUUGUCUAGAAACGCACGGCAUGGAGUUGAUUAUCCCGCUUAUACCACUGCUACUAUCAGAAGGCUCAGAACCCAGGAUAUGCAGACACCUUUGCUGCCAUGCAGAGCUUCUCCCACAACCUCAUGAUAUUUGGGUGCUCCAUAUGACAACACAAUUGGGUGCUCCAUAUGACGACCAUGUGAAGACACCAGAGCAUACACCAUAAAAUACACAUAUUAUAAACAUAGAUACAUAUGAAGAAUUUGGUUCUAAAACCACCAUUUGAAUAUAUUCAUUUUGUUUUCCAAGUAUUUUCAGUGGAACUGUAAUAAUUUGUUUUUAAUGCUACAACUACACUUUUAUUGAUAUUUCCUCAAAUACACAAUUAAAUUACAAGACUUGUUCAUUUCCUACAUGACUUUUUUUUGUAUUCUUUACAUCUUUUAAAUUUGAAUAAACACAACAACA